CAGUAACAGAGUUUUAUAUAUACCAAAGCUGUGCUCUGGAAUGAGAUAUUUUCCUAUUGGAAAUCUACAUCUAAAACAUUUACAGUUUGAACAUAUGAUUUUUCAAAUAACUUCAGCUUUAGAAACCAAACAUUAAAUUGCAGCAUUUGCAAUUGGAAUAUAUAAUUUUCAGAUCAAAUUACAAAAGCUAAAAAAUGAAAACUUACACGAAAUGGAUGACACUGUUCUUAGCAGUCAUGGGACUUUAUUAUGCUAUUCUUACCUUGUCUCAUAAUGAUAAUGCAAAUAUAAAUGGAAAGAGAAAUGAUAUCAAAAAUGUAAAAAAUACUUAUGACAAAAUUGAGGAAAAUGAAGACACAGUAGAUGUCCAAGUUGACAAAAAGGGUAUAAAUGCAAGAUUAGAUAACCUUUAUAAUAACGAACCAUGGGAUAACAUAAAGCAAAUCAAUGACAAUACUAAUGACAAUAUUCAAAAACAGGAUAAUGAAAAAUGGGGAAUUGAAACACAAAAUAAUGCGAAACAGGACAAUGCUGAAGAAGGUAAUGACAAAAAUGUUAUAAAUGACAAUAUUCAAGGCAAUAACAAUGAUCUAUCAAACUUUGAGGGUGAAGCUUAUAUAUGUAAUGCAGAAAGCCAAACUGUGCUCACUGGAUACCAGACAGAAAAUCGAGAUAAUGACCUCAUAAUGUAUAGUGAAAUGGGCAAAUGUGGGAGUGGAACACUCAUAGCUAUCCUAGCGCGUGCGUGUUUAAAAUCCAAGGCAUAUAUGACAAAAUACACAAUUCCAUUACCAUGGGAUGACCAAUUACCGACUAUUCAGAAAAGAUUGAAAUAUGUAAAUGAUAAAAUUCUAAACAACAGAAAGCCAUAUUUAUUUACUGGGCAUUCAAGUUUCAUAGACUACAAAGAACUUGGACUUCCACAACCAAUAUACAUCGAUCUCAUAAGGGAUCCCAUCAACAUGUGGAUCUCACUGUUCUAUUAUAUGAAACGGCCUCAACUUCCGGGAAUGCAAGCAAAUCCAUUGGAGUUUUGUAUUAAGUAUUGGAUCAAAACAUCUGGAUGUGAAAAUUCACAUGAUAUGGUUCACUGCUUACAUACAAGAGAAUUCAAAGGCUGCAAGCAUGGCUAUGUCAGUCCAGGAUAUAAACGGCAGUUCACAGGGCGAUAUGUUAAUUCCUCAGAGUGGAGUGUACAAAAUGCAAAAAAAAACAUUGAACGCUACUAUACAUUUAUCGGCAUCAAUGAACAUUAUAUCGAGACUCUAAAAGGACUGGAAAUGGUUAUUCCAAGGUUUAAACCAGGAUUACUUACUGAUACCUACAAAGUAGUCCAUAACAAGAACGUAGGCAGAAAGAGGGCGCCUCCAACUAAUGAAACAGUGGCUCUUAUGAAGCAAUUGUUAGCUGAUGACUACACUAUCUACUAUUUUGUGCGUCAACGGUUUUACACUCAGUUAAAAUGUUUAGGAAUUGAAGUAGAUUUUGAUAAGAAAUUCCCCUGGCAUUGAAAUGUCUAUCAUCAAAACAUUUCUGCUGUUGGAUGCUACUAUAGGCCUUGGCUUUCUUGGUUAUUGAAGAGAGAAUCAUUAACUGAUUUAAUAGUCAAAUAUGUUACCAAACAGACAUCUAAGACAGAUAUCAUAGAAUGAUAUUGGAACCAACAUUUAGUCUAAACAAGACACACAGUGAUAAAUAUCGCACUUUGAAGAGCAAACUGGCCACCAUGCAAUUCACCCAGCAUGGCAAAAACCUAAUCAGACCUUGGCACUAGUCUGCUCUUGCAUCUGUAAACAUUUCAAGUUGACAAGGUUAGCGGUUUUCCUGCAAUUUUGAUGACAAGAAUUUAUUUGUAGUCUUGAACUUUGGGAAAAUUUAGAUAACAUUGUUUGUGACCUAAUUUGAUGACCUUCGACCUUGAAAAUUUUACUUUUUCAGACCUCAGUAGGUGUUUUGUAAUUAAGCUGACCUAAAUUUAAAUCCAAAAUAUCAAUUUAGAAAAUCAACUUUUUGACCUUUUCAAGGCCACUGAAGGUCAACGAAAGGUCAAAUCUGAAAUCUAAGGUCUGAUUUGAACUUCUGGGAACUUGUAGAUGUUUUUAAAAAAAAAAUUGGUCAAUUUGGAGCAAGUUGAAAAAUUCAAAAUGGCCGCCAAAUUGAAAAAUUCAAAAUGGCCACCAUGUAAUUCAGCCAGCACACCCAAAACCUAAUCAGAUCUUAGCAAUAGUCUGCUCUUGCAUCUGUAAAAAUUUCAAGUUGAACGGAUAAGUGGUUUUCCUGGAAUUUUGAUGACAAGAUUUGUUGAAAAAUUAAAGAUGGCCACCACGUAGUUUACCCAGCAUGCCCUAAACCUAAUAGGCGAGUAGAACCAAUGGCCAAAUGUGCCAGGAAAGUACUUUUUAAAAUACAUCAUGGGGAAAAGGACAAAUGAGGUACCGUUGUAAAGCUAAGGACUUCGGCUUUUCAAAUCCACCUGUACCUAAGUUUGAAUUUGGGGCAAAAAUUGCAAAAACAUCCGUUUCCAUAGCAACCAUUUAAAAUAUAAUCAAUAAAUCAGAAAUCACCUUUCGGAUCGUAGAACCCCUGUUAUCUGUCCAAUUCUAAUGAUACAUAUAUGAAAAUGAAGCUAUUGAUGUCCCCUUGUUUAUAAACAAGAAAAUAUGCAAAUUAGCUAAUUUGCAUAUCUAUUAUGACAUCAUAAGUAGAUUUUUUAACCAAAUUUGAGACAUUUUGGAGAUUUAUCUGAUAUAAUAAUGAAGCAUUAUUUGUAAUUGAAAAUUAU